AUGCCUCCAGCGGCUCGUAACCUCCGGCAGCGUGCCAUCACUAAUGAGAACGAUGAGAACGUGGGCACCCAGCGGUUGACGCGCGCGAAGUCUGCCGCCAUGGACUCGGUCGUCGACGUGCCCAAGAAGCAGGCCUUGAACACCAAGAAGUCCCAAACUGCACUAGCACCCGCUGGGCAAGCCAGGAAGCGUGUAGCUCUAGGUGACCGGACCAAUUCGAUCAAGACGGAGGCCGUCGGCGCUGGCGCAAAGGACGCGAAGGAGAUGAAGAAGCCCUCCGUAGCCAAGAGCGGUCUGGCACAAGCAGCACACCCUACCAAGGUCAUGAAGACUUCUCAGAAGCAACCGCGUUCCGUGCUCGCUCCCAAGGAGAAGAAUGCCAACUCCUCCGGAUCAAAGCGACCAGCACCUGGCUCUGGCAUUGCCGGCCCAAUGAAGAAGCGUCAACACAGCGCGCCCGACUCUGUGAAGGAGGACCCUGAAGAAGAGGAGAACAUUGAACCUCCGACGAACAUCAAAGUGGAAGACAGCAAGGCCGCCCCGAAGAGCAAGGAUGUCCCCGUUGCUGCACAAGUGACCGAAACUGAGGUGGAGGUGAUCCCAGAUCUAGACAAGGAGGAUGUCGACGACCCGCUCAUGGUCUCAGAGUACGUCGGUGAGAUCUUCGAGUACCUGAAGGAGCUUGAGAUCGCUACCAUGGCAAACCCCGACUACAUGGACAAUCAGACCGAGCUGGAGUGGAAGAUGCGCGGUAUUCUCGUCGACUGGCUGCUCGAGGUUCACACGCGCUUCCGUCUCCUACCAGAGACGCUCUUCCUUGCCGUCAACAUCAUUGAUCGCUUCCUGUCCACCAAAGUGGUACAACUCGAUCGCCUCCAGCUUGUGGGUGUCACCGCCAUGUUUAUCGCUUCCAAGUACGAGGAGGUCCUGUCACCACAUGUGCAGAACUUUAGGCAUGUUGCCGACGAUGGUUUUACGGAGGAGGAGAUCCUUAGUGCGGAGCGCUUCGUCCUGUCUGCCCUCGACUAUGACCUGAGCUACCCCAACCCGAUGAACUUCCUUCGUCGGAUAUCCAAGGCAGACAACUAUGACAUCCAGACCCGUACUCUCGGCAAGUACCUGCUCGAAAUCGGAUGUCUUGACCACCGCUUCAUCGCCCACCCUCCUAGCCAGGUUGCAGCUGCUGCUAUGUACCUCUCCCGAAUGGUACUUGACCGCGGCGCAUGGGACGCGACUUUGUCGCACUACGCUGGUUACACCGAUGACGAGAUUCAGCCUGUUCUCGAGCUCAUGAUCGACUACCUUUCGGGCCCCGUCCUCCACGAGGCAUUCUUCAAGAAAUACGCUAGCAAGAAGUUCAUGAAGGCCUCCAUCGUCCUCCGUUCAUGGUGCAAGAAGUAUGUCGCACAGUAUGGUAACCCCCUACAAGACACGUCCAAGGCAUGA